AUGUUGUACAAUGUAAAUGAAUGUGUCCCAGCCAGUGACUGCUCCCAGACCUGUAUUAACACGGAGGGUUCCUACACCUGUAGGUGUGACACCGCCUUCUCCCUCCAGGCUGACGGCAAAUCUUGUGCUCCCACCACUGUGUGCACCACUAAUAUAGGCUGUGAUUUGGUGAACGGCUGGUGUUACGAAGAUUCAUCUGGAACCAAUCAGUGUAGUUGUAAGAAAGGCUUCACUCUUACUGGAGGAACCCAAUGUAACGAUGAGGACGAGUGUUCUACCGGCGCGAACAGAUGUAACCAGCAGUGUGUGAAUACUGUGGGCUCCUACAACUGUUCUUGUAACGGAGGCUACACCAUGUCAACUGAUGGCUACACCUGCAAAGACAUAGAUGAAUGUAACCAGUUAGCCUCGGUUUGUAACUCUACGCAACUGUGUAUUAACAGUCCUGGUGGAUAUAGCUGUACCUGUCCUACAGGCACCGUGGAUAUCGGGGGCGAGUGUAGACAGUUGGCCGAUAACGUCAUGCCGGCCGCCGAUGAGACUAGGACUCCAAGCACAGACGAGAGAGAGAAUGCUGUUAGAAUGUCCGCCCAAAUGGAUAUAUCUGACUAUACGGUUGCCGUGGAUACGGCCGUUACUACAACGAUAGCUUCCGCGGCAACUACCUACUGCGCAGGCGGGAACUGUACUUUAAUCUCAGGAACGGCGACAACGCGACGAAGGAGGUCCACGCCCACCCUUACCUUCAACUACAACUUCGUUCUGCGUGUGCCAGGUUACCCAGCACCAUCUAGCGAUGACCCCACCUCCAUAGAUCUGGCCUAUUACGUGCUCACAGACACUGGGGACAUACUGCCUGCCGCAGAUUUGGUUGCCGUCAUGCAUGACGCACAGAGAGACCUUCAGAUCGCCCUAGGGAAUGUCAGUAUAACACAGCUUGAAUUUUUGGUGGUGCCCUUUACUGGUUCCAACGCCACAAACGCCACGAACGCCUCAAACGCCACUACGCCAGCUGUUAACGCCACGACGCCAUCUGAUAUCUUGAUUGCAUAUAACGCGGAGUCAACGUACUGGAUAUGGGGCGUGGCUAUUGGUGGAAGCGUGCUGCUGAUUAUCAUUAUUGUUGUUAUCACUACCGCUGUUUGUGUCAGGAUGCACAAUGCAUCAAAAUAUAUGACUGUGGGCACAAGUCCUGAGCCACAAACAGAUAACGGAAUUGAGGCCACCUAUAGGAAAGUAUCCACAUCCAGUCCCGUGGUUAGAAGUGAUACAGCUCAGAUGGUUACACGAGUAUCACACCCUUAUACCUUGUUCGAGCGUGACGCAAAUGGGAAAGUACCUCCAUCGAGUCCUACGCUGAGCAGUUCUGAAAUCCCCAGAACACAGCAAGUUAGACGACUGUCACACCUUACUGUUGACGUCACAAUGACCGAGAGUAUCGUAAACGGCGAAGUACCCCCUCUCCCACCGAGCCCUACGCUUAGCAGUUCUACUCACCCUGCGGUCCAUACAACAAGAUUGCUGUCACACUCUAAUAUCAUGUUCGAGAGUGACGUCAACGGGGAAGAAUCCCCGCCGAGCCCUACGCUGAGCAGUUCUUCUGACCUUGCAGCCCAGAAAGUUAGACGACUGUUCCAGCCCAAUACCAUGUUCGAAAAUGACGUAAACGGGGAAGCAUCCCCACCGAGCCCUACCUUGAGCAGUACCACGGCCCCUGCAGCCCAGAAAGUUAAAGGGCUGUCCCAUCCUAAUACCAUGUUCGAGAAUGACGUAAACGGGGAAGAAUCCCCACCGAUCCCCUUGGUUUGCGAUGCCACUGUACCCGCAGUCCAGACAGUAAGAGUGCUAUCACAAUCUGAUACCUUGUUGAUCGACAGUGACGUAGACAGCAUGGACGAUGCCGAAGACGACGAAUUUCAUCCUAUUGAAGAUAAUGGCGACGAAGAUGAAGAUGAUGAUGAUGAUAGUGAUGAUGAUGAUGAUUACCACAAUGAUGAUUACGAUGGUAUGUAUUUUGAUGAUGUUGCAGACUACGGCGAUGGGAGAGAACUAGACUACGACGACUGCCGAGAUAACGAAAUAUGGAUCAGUUCACCACGUGUAUCUUAUGAAUUUACUCCGCCUGCAGUUAGUAAAGUGCAAAUACGGAAGCCCAAUACAGGAGAACACAGGAGCUGUUGGGAGACAGAGAGCGUCACAGAAUAAUUUUAAAAUGCCCUCGAACCGCCAUCUUAGCCAAGUAAGGCUUGGCGAAACAGCACGAAACGAAAUGACUUUCAGUUAACAAAAUGUAAAUGUUUUUAGGACUAAGCGGGGAUCAUAUGGUCAUGCUGAUGAUUUUUAGAGCAAUGGAAUGGAUUGCAAAUAUACAUGUUAGAUAUACUGUUAAAAAGGCACGUACAUUUUAUGUACUUGAAGACUAUGGCUCUGUAGGGGUAGCUAUAAUUCUAGCAGCAGCAGCAGCUCAUUUUGAUGAUGAAGAUCAAUGGAUAGAGGAAAGAGAAGCAUUACUGAAUUUAUGUCGAUUUUACUGUUAUUUUACUGUGAUAGUUAGCCCCCGUGCAGGUUAAAUUCAAGUACGUGACAGAUAAAUUUAAGCGCAUGGAGCAGACAUUAACAUUCCACUAUAUGUACAGUAUAUUAAUACUACAUGCCAUUUGAAUUACUUUAAAAUAUUUUAUUCAAGCAAAAUGUGAUUAAGCAUAAA